AAGAACGUUGUUUUUGAUGUUGUCGGCACGCUCGUCUCCUAUAGGUAUUUAUUCGAAGCCAUGCAUGAAUGACUCCGCGAGCGACUCCGCGCCCGCGGCAUCCACCCAAAGCUCCUUAGGUGCUGCGGGAUGGAGGUGGCCGAGCGUGAGUACACGUAUAUUUCCAUGUCUGGACGCUACGUAGUUUUCUUCACAGUCUUCGAGGCUCUGUUUUACCCAUGCCUUCAUACGCCGGACUCAAAGAGCUGCACUCCUUUGAAAACGUGGAGGAUAUUGCGUAUUUAAUUGACGCGUGGAAGAAACUGGCUCAUCGAGAGGGAGCUGCCGAGUGCAGUGCAUCAGCACGCUGCGUGAAGCCGAUUUCGCAGUUUGGCGUUUUACUGCAUCAAAAACUGUGGGAUGCAUGUUCCUCUAUUGCUAUUGUUUCGUUCUUUAAUGACCUCAACGUUGUGGGUUUAGUGCGGCUGUCAGGUGCCGGAAUGCAACGCCGCGCUUGGAACGCAAACGCGUGGUCCGGAACGCUAGAUCCCCCCUCAUGCUCCCUGACAGCGGCUUAUCGUACUUCUACUGCCCUGGAGGGCGAGGCGCUCCCCAAAUUAUUUGGACAGAUGGGUAUUGUUGCCGACACAUUGUUUGAUACGGCAGACAGGAUGAUUGCAGCUUCUGGUAAUUAGAAACCAGCGGCUAAAUUGGACAAAUUACGUUCGUGGACUUCCGGCCUUGAUGGCCAGAAUUGGUUUCGAGACACGCGGUGUUGUGUUACCCUAUACACAUAUCACAUUAAAUCAGCUCAGGCUCUGGCAAUGCGACAUACAAAGGUUGCAGCUUUAAAAAAUAUAUAAUAAAUCAGAGACACCGCGGAAUUAAACACUUCGCAUAACAGAAUAUAUCACUAUGAUGAAUGGUUGAUAAUUAUCCCCAAUGGUACCCUGAACAAUCAGCUGUGUUUCUAUGUGUGCAUAGCGAGUGCAAUUCCGACAGAUAUUAGCAGAUAGGCACCACGAGUUGACUUGAAAAUUUC